UCACACGCUGUCCUACUUCGGAUAAUGAAGACUCUCCUCUGCUGCAGACAGAACAAAAUCUGAUCAGCAUCAGCGCACACAGGCCACCAUCAACUGCUAGAGAGGAAGAAGCACCUCAAGAAGGAGAAGGAGAGAAAAAAUAUCAAAUCAAAUAAGGAAAGGACGUACGUCAAGUUGGAAGACAGCAGGAGGGGUGGACCUUCGAGAUACAAACACAGAGAGAGAGAGAGAGGGAGGGGAUAAGAAAAGGAGCCAGUGAAGAAGAAGGACGUGGAGAGAAGCUGCGGAGAUCAGCUGCACUGGUGGAGCAGGAGGAGCAGAGAGAGUGACGAGGUGUUGAUUGUGUGUGCUGUUUGGAGGUUAUCCUCACAGUGUGUUUGAGCCAGGGAGCAGGUGGAGCUUUGAUGGAACAGUGAGCAAUGCCUACCAGGAUACUACAGCAGGCUGGCAGCAGGGGGCGCCACCUAAUUCGCCCUCUCCCACUCCUCUGUGCCCUUUUCCUUCUGGUGCUCGUUUGUACUCCAGGCCAGACUGCCAUCCAUAUUGCAGAAAACUACCGCAUGAAAGAACUAAAAAUGCCCCCAGAGAUAACUGCCCAACCUGAACCCGUCAUUGCCUUCUCCUCUGAUGACAUCAUGCUCAAGUGCGAGGCGACUGGGAAUCCCUCGCCCACAUUUCGAUGGGUGAAAGACGGCGUGGUGUUUGAUCCAUCCAGCAUCUCUGGUGUCACCAUGUCUCUUGAUUCGGGGAGUUUUACAGUUAAAGAUGCUCCCAUUCACCAAUUCCACGGCAACUACACCUGCCUGGCCUCCAACGAGCUGGGCACGGCUGUCUCCAAUGAGGUCCACGUCAUCACCGAGGAUACGCCUACAAUACAGCGGGAGAAGAAGGAGGAGAAGAAGGUAGAAGAAGGAAGUUCUGUUAUCUUACACUGCAACCCUCCGCAAAGUGCUGUGACUCCUUUGAUCCACUGGAUGGAUAAGAGGCUUCGUCACAUCCAGCAGAGCGAGCGUGUGACUCAGGGCCGUGAUGGAAACCUCUACUUUUCUCAUGUGACCUUUGAGGACAGCAGAAGCGAUUAUACUUGCAACAUGCAAUUUCUCGGAGCCCUCAUCAUUGUAGCCAAAGAACCCAUUAGCCUGAAGGUCACACCAUCUAACUCGCUGCGAAACAGACGGCCGCAGAUGAUGAGACCUACCGGCACUCAGAGCUCUUAUCUGGUCCUCAAGGGCCAAACCCUCUACCUGGAGUGUAUCGUCCAGGGCCUGCCCACUCCUUCCAUCCAGUGGGUGAAGAAGGACGGAGUUCUGUCUGAGUCUCGUACGUCCAAAGAGAACUUCGACCGGCUGCUGCGUUUCACCAACAUCUCAGAGUGGGACAUCGGGGAGUACCAGUGCACAGCCAGCAACUCCCAGGGCACUGCUACACACACUUAUACCGUCUCUGUGGAAGCUGCUCCAUACUGGAUUAAGGAGCCGGAUAGUGAACUGUACGCCCCAGGAGAGACGGUCAAAUUGGAUUGUCAGGCAGAUGGGAUCCCAACUCCACAAAUCACCUGGAGUAUCAACGGAAAUCCUCUCUCGGAUAUAGACCCAGACACACGGCGUACUGUUAAAGGAGGAACUCUCAUACUGCGAGAUGUGAUGCUCGGUGACACUGCAGUGUACCAGUGCAAGGCCUCUAACAAACACGGCACCAUCCUUAUCAACAGCCACGUCAUCGUCGUUGUGCUUCCUCCACAGAUCCUAACGGAGAACUCGUUGUUGUACAGAGUGACGGAGGGAAAGACGGCUGAGUUGCAGUGUAAGACCUUUGGUUCGCCUCGCCCCAAAGUCACAUGGGAGAAAGAAACCUGGGACGCGGUGAUGUCCAACUCCAGGAUGAAUCAGCUAAGCAGUGGCACUCUGGAGAUUAGCAAUGUAUCGCACAAUGACUCAGGCCUGUACACCUGCUCAGUGGGUGAGGACAAAAUCUCCAUCACUGCCGAGCUUGAAGUCCUCGACCGGACAGUGAUCGUAAAGCCACCAGAGGCUUUAUAUGUUCAGAAGGGGAAGACGGCCAACUUCACCUGUCAGUACCAAAUGGACAACAAUCUGGGUCCACCUCAAAUCCUGUGGAGGAAAUCCAACAAAAAGCUUGAUGAGACCUCUGAUGUAGACAAGUACAUAAUUGACGAGACAUCGCUCAUAAUAAAUGAUAUCCAGGAUGAAGAUGAGGGUGUUUAUGGCUGUGAGAUCAUAACAAGUCUGGACACUGCUGAAGCUAGUGGCAGCCUCACAGUAGUUGACCGCCCGGACCCUCCUUCCACGUUGCAGAUCACUGAGCCUCGGGAUCACUCCGUAACGCUGUUAUGGGUUCCUGGAGAUAACCACAAAAGCCCUAUUUUAGAGUAUGUGGUGGAGGCUGAAGAGAAUGGCACUGACGUGGAGGAUUGGGAGCAGCUUAUGAGCGUAUCUGGAGACACUCGGCGCACCACACUCCCACUGAAACCCUUCCUCUCGUACCGCUUCCGGGUCAUCGCCAUUAACAAGAUCGGCAAGAGUGACCCCAGCCAGCCCUCAGAAUCUUACUCCACUCCUGCAGCUCGCCCGAGCAGUAACCCUGAAGGAGUGCGCAGUGAGUCCCUUGUCCCAAACACACUCGUCAUCACGUGGAAGGAAAUGGAUAGAAAGAGCUUUAAUGGCCCGGGUUUCCAUUACAAAGUGAUGUGGAGAAAGGUUGUAGGCAGUGGGCCUUCGUGGUACUCUAACUUUACCACCUCACCACCCUUUGCUGUCAUGGAUGUGGGCGAUUUCAGUGCAUUUGACAUUAAGGUGCAGGCUGUUAAUGAUCUGGGAGUGGGCCCAGAACCCAAAUCCACCAUUGGCUACUCUGGAGAGGAUUAUCCUUUGGAGGCUCCUCUGAAUAUCGGAGUGAUUCUGCUCAACAGCACUGCCAUCAGGGUAACAUGGGCCCCAGUGGACAAAGAGACCGUGAGGGGACAUCUGAUGGGCUACAAGAUCCACCUGUCGUACUACGGAUCCUGCAGCAAACACCAUCCCCAGAAGUGCAGCGCCGAGGAAGGGGAGCCUCUGACUGAAGCUGUAGUGACAACAGGCGCUAACGAGGAGAAAAAAGAUCUGGGAGGCCUGAGGCCGUAUUCCUCCUAUUCUCUCACUGUGAGUGUCUUCAACAACAAAGGAGAAGGACCCGAGUCAGAAGCCCGGCCCUUCAACAUGCCUGAGGGAGUUCCUGGUCUUCCUGCUUCUCUGAUAUUGUCCAGUCCCUCUGAGACAGAGAUAACGCUCCACUGGGCUCCACCUGCUCAAGAAAACGGAAUUUUGAUUGGAUACAUAAUACGGUAUCAAGAGUUAGGCAGUGCGGACAAGCUCAUGAUGAUGCGGAAGAUUGAUGACCCCACAGUGCAUCAGGAAACCAUUAAAGAUCUGGACCGUCACAGCCGUUACCGUUUCGAACUGCGGGGGCGGACUGCAGUUGGAGAAGGCCUGCCCAUCAUCGAAGUGGGAGCGACGACGCUUGAUGGAGCGCCACCUAGCGACAUUAGUUUGUCUGUUGGAGAGACGGCAGUUAAUCUAAGCUGGGUUUUUCCUGAGAGACAACGGAACAUAGGUUUCCACAUUUACCUGAGGAAGAACGGCCAUAGGAAAUGGACGCAGUCAGAGAAAGUGAACACGUCUCAGUCCUUUUACUCCCUGCAGGGCCUUCAGCCCGGAUCUCGUUACUCCUUACGCUGCAUCUCUAGCAACGGUACAUUCUGGGAAAGAGAUAUACAGACAGAAGGAGCAGGAGUGACGGAGAAGCAGAGCAGCUUUCCGACUGAAGGCUUUUUUAUUGGGCUCAUCAGCGCCCUUGUGCUGCUGUUGCUGCUUCUGCUGGUUCUCUGCUUUAUCAAGCGCAGUAAAGGAGGAAAGUACUCAGUGAAAGACAAGGAGGAGGGCCAGGUGGACUCGGAGUCUCGGCCGAUGAAGGAUGAGACGUUCGGGGAGUACAGCGACAACGAGGAGAAGCGCACGGCCAGCCAGCGGUCUCUGUGUGAGGACAGCAAGCUGUGUAGCGAUGACGGCCUGGAUGAUUAUGGCAACAGCCACAGCGACCACACCAAGGUGACCAUGGACGAGUCUCUGGCGAGUCAGUACAGCGGAGGCAGAGACGGGCUGGAGAUCGAGAGGCAGGAUGGCUCGCCUCUGAAAUCUGCCGCUGCCAGUCACGGCCUGCCCAACUCUGCUGCUGUCCUCGACUAGCGGGACGACGUGAGCAGAAGAAUCGAACCCGGACUCCCAACUCGUAUCUGAAUGACUGACCAAUCAAUCAAUAUUACACCCAGUGCAAUGUCAAUGUGUACGCUAAAGCAAACGCCAAGUAAAACAACACCAGGUCAAUGCUGGGACUGACUUUCGACAUAAUCAGACCAACUCUUUUACUUCUGGUCGAGCCAGAAGGGUGGAAUUAUUUACAAUAGAUCAGAUUACCCUUGUGUGUAGGGACUGCCAUGUUUGCUUGCAAACUGUUUACAGAUUAAAAUCCGUUCUCUUGUAAUAUAUCGUUUCAGAGUAGACUCUUAUGGCUGUGACAAGCAUCCCAGUUUCCUGCCUGAUCACAUGACUUAUAUAGAAUAGACUAAAGGAAAAAUCCACCGUGAACAACUUGCAUAUUACAUAUCUUUAUAGUUCAGUGGCUUCCAAGAUUAAUUUUGUAAUAAAAAUAUAAUGAGGUUUUUAGUUUCAUUGCGUUUCCAACAUUACCCACAAUGCCUUUGAUCGUGGCGCCAGUAGGAUUUAGCCCUUGCUUCGUAUCUAAAUACAGAGAGCGAUACAGCAGUGCUUUAGUCCUUUAGUCUACCCCGCCCUCUCACCUCAUCAUCUAUACACUCUGCUCAAACAGUUUCCUGAAAGCAUCGUAGCGCAAAGAUCCUCGUUAAAUGGUAGCGCGACCAGCACAAUGAACACUCUCUCUCUCUCUCUCCUAGUUAAGAUGCUCUUAGCAUUAAGAGGCUUUUGGGAAACCCACCACUGAUCAGCUUGCAAAACGUUAAAGAUGCACUAUGUUGGAUUUGGUGGCAUCUAGUGGUGAGGCUGCAGAUUGCAACUUACUGAAAAAAAUUGCACCUCCUUCACUCCCUCACCCCGCCCUUUCCAAGUGUGUAUUUGAAUCUACAGUGGCCGUCAGCACAAAACUUAAAAAAAACAAAAAAGAAAAAGAAAGUUACACUUUUAUCAUAAUGUGAGCCACACCCAUGUAUGUUUGUCCCGCUUUCAUUUUGCUUCAUCGACGAGGAUUUGCACUCCUUUGCUUUUUCUCAUGCUAAAUAAAAAGUACGAUCCUUCGUUUCUCAAUGUUUGGGUUCUUAAACUUUAUCAGCCAGCACCAGCAACCACUGAUUCCUCUUCUUUCUUCGUCUUAGUCUUCCUUCUGGUGCUGGAUUCGUUCUGGGCUUCUGUAGAAACAUGGCGGCUCUGUGAGCGAGGCCCUGCUCCCUGUGUAGAUGUAAAGGGCUCGUUCUAAGCUGACCAAAACAAUGAUUCAUGAUUGCUAUAGUACCUUUCUGGUAACUGAACAGAUCCCUGAAUCCUACAUACUGCACCUUUAAAUUUCAUGCUAAUAACAUCACCACCAUCGCGUUCGUCAUCUUGUAGCUCGUUACCUAGCCGAGCUGAUUGUGUGUCGCAGUCUCGAGCUUUGAAUCUUGCUGUCCACUAUUUCUCCAUCAGCGUUCUCAUGAAUAUGAUAUCGAACAUCACGUGAAAAUAGUGGAAGAGAAAAGAAGCUCUUUUGUUUGGAGGCGCUGACCCAAAACCUGACCUUCAUUCCGGAUUGAGAUUGCUGACUUUUUUUCUCCUAUUGAAGCCACACUGCCUUUCAGAUAUUUCAAGUGCAGGUCAUAAACAGAAUUUUCCCGACACCCAAUUAUUUUUGUUUAGUGGCCUGAAAGCUACUGAAUUCGAAUCACAGACUUCCAAUUAAAAUUUUUUUUUAAAAAUAGAACAAUUAAUGAAUUUAAGGCCACAUGACCCUAAAUUCUCCACUAUUUUUUCCUGCUUCACCAUGACCCAAUACAAGAUACUACAUCAUGCACCAUCACAUGGUGGGCUUUCCCCGUUCACGCAAGGCAUUGUGGGAUACAAAUUUGAAACAGGAGAGAAAAAUGAAGGACGUGAGUGUGCGAAUGAAAUGUGAAAGACCGACUACAGUAACGGAAAGCGAGAAGAAAAAAGACGUUAUGUUAUAUACGAAGGAAAGGAUCGCAGGAAAUAUCAAACUAAUAAAUAUCGGCGCUCACGAGCGAUUUCAUGCACGUUAUUUGCUUUAAUCCCAUCAAAUUAAAGAACUUCCCAGCCACAGAACAGAAUGGCCUGAUAUUUUGUGAGCUAUUGCAGAAAUAAACAUGUCUCACAACAACUAAAUUUCUCCGAUUUUAUGAAAUCGAAAGGCCGUCUAGCUUUAAACACGAUUGUAACUGCAGCACCGUUAAAACCCAUCACCGAUAUUUCACUCUAAACCCAUUUAAUGUGUUUCAGGGUGGAGUUUUCCUUUAACGAUGAUGAUUUUUAUUAAAGUGACGCACUCGAUUUAACAUGACAGGGACACAUAGAAGCUGCAUGGUUAAUGCCAAAUACAGGACGGUGUGAGCAGCAGAAAAAGAGAAACGCAGGGAGAUUGAGGGCCUUAAAAUCCUGGUAAGUGCAUCAUGCAAGCAUAUGUAUGACACAUUGCAUAUGGAUUGCACUGAUGUAGUUCAUUAUUAUAUCUCUAUAUAUAUCUCUCUCUCUAUAUAUAUAAAUAGUUAUGUGGUUCUCCAUUUCUUCGUCUUGCCUCAUUGUUUGAGAUUUUUUUUUUAUUUGAUUAAAAAAAGAUAUAUAUAUACAUAUAAUUGACAAUUUUGUGAUUCAUGUCAUCUUCAGGUCAAUCAUUUGUGUUUUUUUUUUCUUUCUUUGAUUUUGCAUCCUUCUAGAAACUGCGCAUCCGGGACUCCAUAGCCGAGCAAUUAGAAAUAUAUCCGAUGCAAUGAUCCGCUGAUAUGAGGUGCUUUCGUAUAUCAAGCUGUUUGUAGUCACAUAUAACAUAUAACAGUUGGCCAUGUCCAGUAUUAAAGAGCGAGCAAGCAAGCAAGCAAGCGAUCGAGCAAGUGAGCGAGCUGUCAUCUCAGAACCCGAACCGUUUCACCGCCAUUUUCAGCUCUAACGUUCUCAUUUGUGUGUCGCUCCCGAUAUGUGUGUGUCGCUUUGUAUAGUAGUCUGCAUAGUGUAUUAAAAUGAUGUAUACUGACACAUCCUCUCUUGCAGUCCUGUUGGUAUAAAGCCAUAUGAAGACACUUCCGAGGUGUAAAUCGGGUAUGAGGUAGUAUCGAGGUUGAUGGGGGUGUGAGAGAGCACAUCACACAUACACACAUGGACUAAUUAGCUUGGUUCGAACCCUCAUGUGUAAUUAACCCAGUUCGUCGUACUCGGACAAUGUAUGCUGUGUUGGGGUUGGAAUUUUGAUUCCUUCCCUGUAUACCAAAUAGCAUUUGUUCCUGGUUUGAUGUGCGCUGUGUAAGUUUGGAUAAGCAGUGUUAUGUGAAUAAAAUUGAACAAGAACAGCAUGAAACACCCGCUUAUUUAAAAAAAAAACAAAAAAAAACAAAAGUGAGAGUGAGUUUGUUGUUCUGAAGAAAUUGAGAAGACUUGGGACGUUAAAAAAAAAAAAACAAGCUCUGGAAAUGUAUUUGAAUGUAAAUAAAUCCCAAAUGAUUGUUUUUGCCAUGGCCUCUACUAUUUGUAACCGUGUCUUGUUGAAUACCAUGGGUUUUGGGGGUUGUUAAUAUUUUAAUUCUUAACCUUUUGACCUUUUGUCUAGUUAGUUGUGAGAUAACUGUUCUAGAUACACCAAGUAGAGAAUAGCUUUAUGAAAACUUAAAAAGACGAGUCCAAAAACAAGCUGUCUUUUUCAUAUUGCGAUAAAAUCUAAUCACGUCUUUAUUUUUCUUUUUACAAAAAAAGCAAAAUUAAAAAUUCAUGGGCUGUUCAUGAGAACGCAAUUGGUUUCCUGAGAGACUUCAUUUCCUGUUCUGUUUCCCUGCUUACAGUACGAGUUGCAGUAUUGUGUGUAUCUGUUGCGAAGCAAUUCCUGCGCAAGCACGAUGAAGCGGAGAUACUCGAGUCUUGUUUGUAUCCUGUACACACGGAGAAUUUGCAAUGUGCUGACUUCAGCUCAUUGAAAGCACCAAGUCUUGUGCAGUGAAGUGUGUGUGCGUGUGUGUGUGUGAGAUGCAGUAAGUCUGGACUUCUGGUUUUAAUGAAUACGUUGGCCUCUGUCGUUGCUCCACAGACACGCUCAGGACAAAAUUCUCCUAGAUGUUUAUUUUCAUACAGGAGGAAUAAGUGAUAUGAAUUGUGUCGACGUUCAACCGAACUGCUGCUAGACGUCUGUGCUCUGUUCAUAUCCCAGAAAGUCAACUUGCAAAUAUCCACGAUACAGAUGUUUCGCUUUUCCGAAGAAUGUAGCUGCGACAUUGCCUGUUGUCAUAAAAUAUGUCAUAUUACUGUGACAUUUUACUUAUAAAUACAAUGCGUUUUCUGAUUAUUUCAAAUCAAUUCGGCUCAGUUCUAGCUCCAAGACGAGACGUCGCUCGAUUGAAAGCGUCUCUCAUCGCGUCCAUCCUGCGUUUGUUGACGAGCUAGUAACAUGCUAAAUCAGUUGGAUCUGAAUGAGAGGACUGCACAUGUAGCUGACUGAUGAACAGCCAUGUAUGUCCAUGCCACUUUUCUGUUGGUUUGUCUACGCCGUAGUGCUGAGUGGAGAACUGGGCCGGUGACUCGGGUGGGCUUGUGAUCGAAAACAAUACUGUAUGUGAAUCAUGAAUCAGCCACUGUAUGUAAAUGCUUCAAGAAUAAAAUCCAUGGAACGAG